GAUCGUCUGUGUUAAAGGAGCUUAUACUCUUUAAGUUUUUAAAGAAAUAAAGUAGAAAAUGGCCAAAAAUAAAGACAUUUAAUAUAAUAUAAAGAAUCAUGGAUCCAAAUCUGCAUGCGACGGCUUCAAUGUUGAGAUAAAGUACAAACUGAUUAGGUCGUUGGUACGAACAAGUGAAAAUUUGGCACGAACUAUAGAAAUUUACCACUUAUUAUUUUAAUUCAUUAUAACAGAUUGUGUUUUUUUUGUACAGUAGUUAUUGUUGGUCGUUAUAUUAAAUUAUUUUAUAAAAUGUUUAUUGUAAAAAAUAUACUCAAAACACGUGUAAUCAGCUUACGAUCUUACAGUUCAAAGGUAACAUUAAAUGAUGUUGUAAUAGUUAGUGCAGUCAGAUCACCCAUAGGAUCAUUCCGUGGAAGCUUGUCAAGUUUGUCUGCACCAAAACUUGGUGCAUUAGCUAUACAAGCUGCAGUUGAACGUGCAAAAGUUUCCAAAGAGCAAGUCACAGAAGUGUAUAUGGGAAAUGUUUGUCAAGCUUCCUUGGGACAAGCACCAGCAAGACAAGCUACAUUAUUUGCAGGUCUACCUAAGUCAACCAUAUGUACAACAGUAAAUAAAGUAUGUGCAAGUGGAAUGAAAAGCAUUAUGCUUGCCUCUCAGUCCUUGCAGUGUGGACAUCAAGAGAUUAUAGUUGCUGGUGGUAUGGAAUCUAUGUCUAAUGUACCAUUUUACCUUCAACGAGGAGAAACUAAAUAUGGUGGAAUGAAACUUGAGGAUGGUAUUGUAUUUGAUGGUUUGACUGAUGUUUACAACAAAUGCCACAUGGGUAAUUGUGCAGAAAAUACUGCUAAAAAAUAUAAUGUUACUCGUAAUGAACAAGAUGAGUAUGCUAUUAAUAGCUACAAACGUAGUGCAGCAUCAUAUGAAAAUAAAAUAUUCAAAGAUGAACUUAUAUCUAUUAAUGUACCACAAAAGAAAGGCAAGGCUGAUCUAAUAAUUGAUGAAGAUGAAGAAUAUAAAAAAGUAGACUUUGCUAAGUUUGGUAAAUUAAAUACUGUUUUUCAGAAAGAAAAUGGCACAGUAACUGCAGGAAAUGCAUCAACCUUAAAUGAUGGAGCUGCUGCAUUAGUCUUAACUACUACAAAUGUUGCUGAGAAAAUGGACCUUAAACCCCUAGCGCGAAUCGUCGCAUUUGAAGAUGCUGCAACCGAUCCGAUCGAUUUCCCGAUUGCACCAUCUUUUGCUAUUCCUAAAUUACUAAAAAAGGCUGGAAUUAAUAAAAAUGAUAUAACGUUGUGGGAGAUUAACGAAGCUUUCAGUGUAGUUGUAAUUGCAAAUCAAAAACUUUUGGAUCUUGAUCCUAGUAAAGUAAACGCUCAUGGUGGUGCUGUAUCUCUUGGUCAUCCUAUCGGCAUGUCAGGAGCUCGCAUCGUCGUACACUUAAUUCAUGCUCUGAAGGCCGGGGAAAAAGGUGUCGCAUCUAUUUGUAACGGUGGCGGUGGCGCUUCUUCAAUUUUAAUUGAAAAGUUGUGGCACCCAAUUUCUACUCCACCGACAUUAACAUUAUACACAAAAUAUCCUUGUCCGCUUUGUGAUAUUUUAAAAGACGAAUUAGUAUUACGUUUUUCUGGUCGUUAUCGAUUACAAGAAGUUAAUAUUACAGCGCCAGAGAACGAGCGUUUCUUUAAAUUAUAUAAAUAUGAAAUUCCAGUCCUCUUUUUGGAAGGUCAAUUUCUUUGCAAACAUCGCCUGGAUUCGGAUCUAUUAGAGAAGCGAUUACAGGAUUUAAUUUCAGAUGAAAAGUAAUAAAGAUUCUUCAUAAAAAU